AAAAUCUCAGUUAUUCAAUUGUUUUCUUCCUUUUACCUUUUUUGACUAUAACAAACAGCAUUAUAUACAAUUCCAAAAAUAUAAAAAAAUAUUUAUAUUAUUAUAAAGUAUACAAUCCUUUAAUCUUUUAUGUAUUUUAUCAAAUCAAUGAACAAGAAUAUUUAACAAUUAUUCUUUUGCACUUGCAUGCUCAAACAUACGGACACGCCGCUUUAUGGCUAUGUUAAGAGUGCCCUGUUUUUCUUUACAGAUCUCAUCUUUCUCACUAAACACUCCUCCAGGCAGAAGAUGCUCAGUCUUUGCCUAUCUCUAAGUUUUUCAUUCUAGAGCUUGUUGUUUCUCUAUAACUAGCUCCGUUGCUUAAUGGGUUUUUCUUGGACUCUCGUUUUCUGUGAAAAGGAACUCCUUUUUUCUCGUGAAGUACAUGUGAAGUUGGUGGCUGAGACAGAGGGGGAGAGAUAGAAAGAUAAAGAUCUAAUCUUGGUGGCGUUAAUGAUCCAAACGGAUCAUUUUUGCUUUUUUGGAAUUUUCAGAUAAAAAAGACAAGACUUUAUUUACUGGGUCUGCAACAGCUGUGCGUAUCCAAUGUGAUUUUUCAUGUUGAAGUGAAGGGUUUUCUGUCUUAAAUCUUAUGCAAUGAAGCUGGGUGGUUAAAUAUGGGGCUGUUAAUGUGGAGUGAUAAUGCGCGAUUGGGGCUUUGAUAAUAAGCUUUGAAGGUUUGAAGUUUGAUGGGUUUGGGGCAGUGCUACUUUUUCUUUAGUUGGGUAGUGAAGGGUGUGUGCCAUUUGGGGUUAAAUAAUAAUAGUUGUGGAGAACUUUUUUACUUGGGGGGAUUUCGUGAAUUUUUGGUGUAAUCGUUGUAAGAAGGAUUGUCACUCUCGCAAAUAAAUGUUAUAUGUUUGAUAGGGGAUCUUUGAUAGCUUGAAUCUUGCCUUUUUCUUCGGGCUAUGUCAUUCAAUUUAUGGUUAGUUGCCUGAUUUAAGAUUUGCGAGAUUAUAGAUUCGGGAGGAAAUGCAAUAUAGUUUGAUAGGUUUUCUUAACCUGCAAGAGAUUCUGCCAUCAUAUGCAUUUGCUUUCUGAUCAUGACCAAGGCAGUCCGUAAUAGGAUUCUCAAGGAUGCAAAUGGUCAUAUCAGUGAUCAUCUUCGCAACCAUAUCCAUUUAACCAAUUGCAUUCAUCUGAAAAACCAUAUGCACAAGCAAAGCCCCAUACUGGCUGAUAGGUCACUAAUGAGGGACCUCAUUGUUCUUCAGAGGUCCCGAUCACUGAGAGACCCUUCUGCCAGUCCUCCUUCAUGGCACUCACCUUCUGUUGUUGAUUUGCUUCCUAAGAAAGGAGACAAGGAUGCUGCAGUUACAGAGGGUAGAAGGUCAAUUGGCAUUGAGCGUCGAAGGGAAGGUAGAAGGUUAUCAGGUGGCUCACCACCCUUCGCAAAUUUGGCUCCAUCAAAGGUUGUUCCUGGUGAGCUAAGUGGGGGAUAUGAGGGGGUAGCAGCAGCUGUCAGUGACCGUAGUAGCAAGAGUGGAGCUAGGGAUGGAAGGAGAAUUAAGAGAGAAGAAUCUAGUCGGAAGAGCAAUAGGGCUGAUCUUUUGGGUGGUGAUGAGGACCUUUCACACAAUCAAGAGGUUAAUGGUUUGGUUAAUGAUGAUGUUUCAGGGAAUUCAGAAUCUAAAUCUAGAAAGAGUAAACACAAGGGUAAGCACAGUCAAGAUUUUCAUAUUAAGACCCUCUCUGACCAGUUGAAUGAGAUUCCAAUGGACAGUGAUGUAGCAGCUUCUUCUAACGUCCAUCUACACGGAAGACGGUCUCAACAGGACAAAACUGGAGAAGAACGUGAGACCAGCAUUCGUGGUUAUAGUGGAAUAAAUAGAACAAAAAGGCGGAAGUUUCGAGGUGCUAGAAGAACUAGGGCGACUCCUGCUAGAGAUGUUGAGGGUCAGAAUGAAAUGUCUGUCGCUUCUAAUUCAUUGAAUCAAGGUUCAGUAAGACCAAGGUAUUGCAUAGAGGAAGAAGAAUAUGGUGACUCAAAUGUCACAAGAGCUCCUAGAAAUGGAUGUGGGAUUCCAUGGAAUUGGUCAAGGAUUCAUCAUAGAGGUAAAACAUUUCUUGACAUGGCUGGUAGGAGUUUGUCUUGUGGUCUGUCCGACUCAAGGUUGAGGAAAGGUGGCAUGGCUUCCCAUGACAGAGAUGCUCCUAAUAUGCCCGUGGCAUCUGAUUAUUCAUGUUCAUCUACUAAAUCUGAUGCAGAGGCAUUGCCUCUAUUAGUUGAAGCUUCUUUAUCCCAAGAAAGCACAGAUAAUGCUGGCUGGGUGCACGAUUACUCUGGAGAGCUAGGCAUAUAUGCUGAUCAUUUACUGAAAAAUGAUGUCGAUUCUGACCUUGCUUCAGAAGCUAGAUCUGGUGGUCAACAUAAGCUCAGGCGGAACCACAAUAGCAGGCAUCAAAAUUUUACUCAAAAAUACAUGCCAAGAACUUUCCGAGAUCUGGUGGGACAGAAUCUGGUAGCACAAGCUCUUUCCAAUGCUGUUGUCAGAAGGAAGGUUGGUUUGCUGUAUGUUUUCUAUGGGCCUCAUGGUACUGGAAAAACCUCAUGUGCUCGCAUAUUUGCCAGGGCUUUAAAUUGUCAAUCUUUGGAGCAUCCCAAACCUUGUGGUUACUGCAAUUCCUGCAUUGCACAUGAUAUGGGUAAGAGUCGAAAUAUAAGGGAAGUUGGUCCAGUCAGUAAUUUUGAUUUUGGAAACAUUGUGGAUCUGCUUGACAACAUGAUUAUUUCCCACCUGCCAUCACAGUACAGAGUUUUUAUAUUUGAUGGCUGUGAUACUCUGUCUUCUGAUUGCUGGAGUGCCAUAUCAAAAGUCAUUGAUCGAGCACCCAGACGUGUAGUUUUUGUCCUUGUCAGCUCAAGUCUUGAUGUUUUACCCCAUAUAAUCAUAUCCAGGUGCCAGAAAUUCUUUUUCCCAAAGCUGAAAGAUGCAGAUAUUAUAUACACUCUGCAGUGGAUUGCAUCCAAAGAAGAUAUAGAUAUUGAUAAGGAUGCAUUAAAACUUAUUGCAUCUCGAUCAGAUGGAUCAUUGAGGGAUGCUCAGAUGACUCUAGAACAACUAAGCUUGCUUGGUCUUAAGAUAUCUGUCCCGCUGGUUCAGGAAUUGGUUGGGCUUAUCUCUGAUGAAAAGUUGGUGGAUCUUCUUGAUUUAGCAUUAUCUGCAGACACAGUGAACACUGUGAAGCAUUUGAGAGUCAUAAUGGAAACUGGUGUGGAGCCAUUAGCUUUAAUGUCACAGCUUGCUACAGUUAUCACUGAUAUAUUAGCUGGUAGUUAUAAUUUCACAAAAGAAAGGCAUAGAAGGAAGUUUUUUCGACGACAACCUUUGUCUAAAGAAGAUAUGGAAAAGCUGCGACAGGCCCUGAAAACUUUGUCAGAGGCUGAAAAACAACUUAGGAUGUCAAAUGACAAAUUAACUUGGCUAACAGCUGCAUUGCUUCAACUUGCUCCUGAUCAGCAGUAUAUGUUGCCUAGUUCUUCUACGGAAACUAGUUUUAAUCAUAGUCCUCUGACCGGACGUAACAUAAAUGGAAGAGAUUUAGCCAUGAAAGCUGGUGAACAUGCUGAGAGGCCUAGUAAUGAAAGGGGCUUGUCAACACACAUUACUGGAACCCCUUCUGCACCAAAUGGUGUUUGUGUGGAUAGGAAACGAAGUACAGAAACUGGGGUGGCUCCUCAAUGGGCAUCUACACUAUCUUCUGAUACUGUUAGGGUCAAUGGCAAGCAGGUUUCAGGAAAGACCCGCAAAGGAUAUGAGGAAAUUUGGUUAGAGGUGAUUGGCAAGAUUCAGUUUAACAGUAUAAAAGAGUUCUUGUAUCAAGAAGGAAAACUAAUCUCUGUCAGUUUUGGUGCAGCUCCAAUUGUGCAACUGAUGUUCAGUUCACAUCUCACCAAAUUGAAAGCGGAGAAGUUUCGGGCUCAUAUUUUACAAGCAUUUGAGUCUGUUUUUGGGUCGCAGAUUACACUUGAAAUCCGGUGCGAAUCAAAUAGAGACAUGACUGGAGGGUUCCAUUUGCCUGCAGGAGAAUCUCUUGAUGUAGGGAGGAGUGAAAUUGUUGAAAUACCAGCUUCACCCAGGGAAAUCAAGGGUAGUGGGCAUGCGGACAACGAUGCAGAAUCUAGUAAAAGAGCUUUACAGCGUGCUAGGGCUGGAGAAUCAGUUUCACAUAAAAACUCCAGCAUUGGUUCUAUGUCGGAAAGAAGGAAACUUGGCGAGCCGAGUCAAAGUAAGAGCCUUGUGAGAAGCAAGGUUUCCCUUGCCCAUGUAAUUCAGCAAGCAGAAGGAUGUACACAGCAAACUGGAUGGUCCAAACGUAAAGCAGUUUCUAUAGCUGAAAAGCUUGAACAAGAAAAUUUGAGACUGGAACCUAGAUCACGAAGCUUGUUAUGCUGGAAAGCAUCUAGAGUGACUCGUCGAAAGCUUUCUCGUUUGAAAAUUAGGACGCGGAAACCACAUGCCUUGCUGAAGCUCGUCUCUUGUGGAAAAUGCAUCUCUUCUAAAUCUCCAAGGUAGGACAAUAAAUUUUUUUCAAAUGGCUUUUAAGUAUCCGGAGCGAAGACUUCAUCCUCAUUACUUCUGUAAUUAGACAUUUCUUGCCAUUUACUUAAAUUAGUAGGUGAAAGUUAGUCAGUCAUUUCUUUUUCCUUCAAAUAAAUGUUGUAGCUGAUUCCAAUGAGAAUGUAGGAGAGAACUGAAUAGUGUAGCUUCUUUCAAUGAUUUUUUUUUUCUUCUUUUUUUACCCUUUUGUUGCCAGCAUCACCAUCUAUCUAUGUAGGAGAAAACUGAAUAGUGUAGCUUCUUUCAAUGAUUAUUCUGAUUCUUGUGAUA